AUGGCUACCAACAAAAUGCAAAACCUGAUCAACUACCGGAUGCGCGUGACCCUGAACGAUGGUCGCCAAAUGACCGGUUCUAUGUUGGCGUUCGAUAAGCACAUGAACCUUGUUCUUGCAGACACAGAAGAAUUCCGUCGCAUCAAGCGGAAGUCCAAGCCCACCGCCGGUCCCACGAACGCCCCGCUGGUCGAAGCAGAAGAGAAGCGAACUCUCGGCUUGACUAUCGUUCGCGGAACUCAAGUUGUCUCCUGCUCUGUUGACGGUCCUCCCCCUGCCGAUCCCUCUGCUCGACUCGGCACCGCCGGCCCCGGUGCUGCUGCUACUCUCGCCGCCGGUCCAGGUAUCAGCAAGCCCGCUGGCCGUGGCCUGCCUGUCGGACUCGGAGGCCCUGCAGCCGGUGUUGGUGGACCCGCUCCUCCUGGCGGCUUUGGUUUUCCCCCCGGCGGCUUCCCGGGUGCACCUCCCCCAGGCUUUGCUGGACGUGGAGGUCCCCAAGGUGGACCUCCUGGAUUUGCCCCUCCUCCUGGAUUUGCUCCUCAGGGUGGUCCCCCUGCCGGUUUCCAGCCCCCUCCUGGAUUCCAGCCUCCUGGCCAGGGACGUGGUUUCCCUCCCCCGGGCUUUGGUGGCAGGUAA